GGACGCGCCUCGCCCGCCUGUUUCCGUGCCAGCCACUGGCAGCGUCGACGAUGCCAGCUCCCGUACACUCCCUCACCAACCCAUCCGCCCGCAUAAAACACUCCCGGGCGCGCACAUUCCCACUCUUUUUCUCCCCCCAAAAUUUCCCGUCCCCGAAGGGACGAACCAUCUGCAGCUCGGCUCACUGCGUACUCGCUAGCCAGUCUGGCUAAUUAGCUAAGAAGCUUAGCUCAUCCCCUCCCCUGCUUUGCUCCCCAAUGCCUUGUUCGUAGACGCGCCCGCAUCUCUCACUUCCGUCCGUCCGUCCGCAAUGGCCCGCGCGGUGGUGCUCGUGGCGGUCGUCGCGUCGCUGGCCUGCCUGGCGUGGGCGGAGCCGCCGGCGAGCGAGCGGUCGGCGCUGCUGGCGUUCCUCACGGCCACGCCGCACGAGCGCCGGCUCGGCUGGAACGCCUCCACGCCGGCCUGCGGCUGGGUCGGGGUCACGUGCGACGCCGCCAACUCCACCGUCGUGCAGCUGCGCCUCCCCGGGGUCGGUCUCGUGGGCGCCAUCCCGCCGGCCACCAUUGGCCGCCUCACGAACCUCCAGGUCCUCUCGCUCCGCUCCAACCGCAUCUUCGGGGCCAUCCCCGACGACCUGCUGCAGCUCUCCAGCCUCCGGUCCAUGUUCCUGCAGAACAACCUCAUCUCUGGCGCCAUCCCGGCCGGGGUCAACAAGCUCGCCGCCCUCGAGAGGCUGGUCCUCUCGCACAACAACCUUUCAGGCCCCAUCCCCUUCGCGCUCAACAGCCUCACGAAGCUCCGCGCCGUGAGGCUCGAAGGCAACCGCCUCUCCGGGAAAAUCCCCAGCAUCAGCAUCCCGGGGCUCACCGCCUUCAACGUCUCCGACAACAACCUCAACGGCUCCAUCCCGCAGCCCCUCUCGCGCUUCCCGGCCGACUCCUUCUCCGGAAACCUCCAGCUAUGCGGCAAACCGCUGCCGGCCUGCACCCCCUUCUUCCCGUCCCCGGCGCCGGCGCCAGGGAUGAGCCCCGGCGAUGAGCCCGUGCCAGCGUCUGGCAAGAAGCGGAAGCUCUCGGGCGCGGCAAUCGUCGGGAUCGUUGUGGGCGCCGUCGUGGCCGCGCUGCUUCUCCUCGCGCUCAUCGUGUUCUGCGUGGUGUCCCGGCGGCGGAGAGCCGCGGGCAGCACCCGCGAGGGGCCGAAGGGCACGGCCGCGGCGGUGGGGCAGACGAGAGGCGUGGCCCCGCCGGCGUCCGGCGACGGCACCGGCAUGACGUCCUCAUCCAAGGAGGACAUGGGAGGCGGUACGUCCGGGUCCGUCGCUGCCGCCGCGGUGGCCGCUGGCGCCGGCACGGGGGAGCCGAGCCGGUUGGUGUUCCUGGGGAAAGGCGCGGGCUACAGCUUCGACCUGGAAGACCUGCUGCGCGCGUCGGCGGAGGUCCUCGGGAAAGGGAGCGUGGGGACGUCGUACAAGGCGGUGCUGGAGGAAGGGACGACGGUGGUGGUGAAGCGGCUCAAGGACGUGGCCGUGGCGCGGCGCGAGUUCGACGCGCACAUGGACGCGCUCGGCAGGGUGGAGCACCGCAACGUGCUCCCCGUCCGCGCAUACUACUUCUCCAAGGACGAGAAGCUCCUCGUCUACGACUACCUCCCCACCGGCAGCCUCUCCGCCAUGCUCCACGGGAGCCGGGGUUCCGGCCGGACGCCGAUGGACUGGGACGCGCGCAUGCGGUCGGCGCUGUCCGCCUCUCGCGGGCUGGCGCACCUGCAUUCCGCGCACAACCUGGUGCACGGCAACGUUAAGUCCUCCAACGUCCUGCUGCGGCCGGACUACGACGCGGCCGCGCUCUCCGACUUCUGCCUACACACCAUCUUCGCCCCGACGUCCUCCCGCGCCGGCGCGGGCGGGUACCGGGCCCCGGAGGUCGUGGACACGCGGCGGCCCACGUUCAAGGCCGACGUCUACUCCCUGGGCGUGCUCCUGCUGGAGCUGCUGACGGGCAAGUCCCCGACGCACGCGUCCCUGGAGGGCGACGGCACGCUGGACCUCCCGCGGUGGGUGCAGUCCGUGGUGCGCGAGGAGUGGACGGCCGAGGUGUUCGACGUCGAGCUGGUGCGGCUCGGAGCCAGCGCCGAGGAGGAGAUGGUGGCGCUGCUGCAGGUGGCCAUGGCGUGCGUCGCCACCGUGCCGGACGCGAGGCCGGACGCCACCGACGUGGUCAGGAUGAUCGAGGAGAUCGGGGGAGGCCACGGCCAGACCACCACGGAGGAGAGCGCGCGGGGGACGACGUCCGAGGAGGAGCGGUCCAGGGGCACGCCGCCGGCCGCACCGACGCCGUAACGACACGGAGUAUUAAAAAAAAGGCUCAAUUGCAUAGUUGUAUCAUGUCGUCUUGUCCUUUGCCUGAUUUUUUUUUCCGUUUCUUUUCUUGGCCAUUGUUUGAUCGGAUCGAAAUGCAUUUUUUUUACCCUUCUCUUCAUUCUUCCAAGUAAAUGUAACUUUUUUUCUUCGUUUCCUGCUUGCCUGCCCCCUUUCUUUUCCCCUUCGACCUUCGUGAUCGAUAUUCUCUUGCCCUUCCCCCGUGUCCCGUCUUUUUGGCCUAGAGUGAGUAGAGUAAGUAAUCACGUGUUAUUUUAGUUGGUGGAAAAGAACUCCAAGCUUGAUCAUGUGCCUUAUUUUUCUUCUACAACACUUCUCGGUCAGCAAUCAACAACCUGUGGGGCUGCUGUCAAAAAAGAGAGGCUAACAUGACGAGUACUCAGGGGUGAGUCCCCAUUUGUUC